AUGCUGCAGUUUUAUUAUGAUUUUCUAGACAAGUAUCUCGAUCGCAGCGAUUUUCAAAUGUGUGAAAUGGAUACGGAUUCAGCGUAUAUCGCUAUUGCUGGGGAGAGUGUGGAAAGUUUAGUCAAACCAGAAUUGAAAGCAGAGUUCGAAGCCGAUAAAUGCAACUGGUUUGCCCGUACGGAUACCCCCGAGCAUAAGGCCUAUGAUAAGCGAACCCCGCGUCUUUUUAAAGUUGAGUGGGAGGGACAAGGAAUUAUCGGGUUGUGUUCAAAAACCUACUACUGUUUUGGGGCCAAAGAUAAGUUUUCUUGCAAAGGAGUCAACAAGAAAUGUAACGAGAUUAACAAAGACAAGUAUUUACAAGUGUUGCUCACAAAACAGAAUAGUUCAGGUGUUAACAGAGGUUUUCGUGUUGUUAACAACACCAUGUACACUUAUGAGCAAGUUAGGGAUGCAUUUUCGUAUUUUUACCCAAAACGUAAAGUUCUCGCUUUUGGAGUUAGCACUACUCCACUCGAUAUUUAA